AUGCAGCGUGCUCGCCUUCUCGCGGCCUCACGCCGUCUGAGCGGGACGGUCGUGUCAUGGCACCCGUUUGAGCGGCGCGGCGUCAUUCGCUGCGACGCGGACGGCGACGAGUACCAAAUCCCCAACGCCCGCGCCUUCGAGACGGUGCUGCCGACGCGGCUGCACAGCCUGGAGGGCACUAAGGUCGAGUUCGAGCCCAUCCGCGACGCGCAGGACGUGGACCGCGUCAUUACGCGCAGUCGCCUGGAGCCUCUCACGGCGACGAGUUACGCGCGCAAGACUCCCGUCGACUUCCUCGCUGCCUUCCGGCUGGAGCCACGCGGCGGCGGAGCAGAAGCGGUGGGCGACGGAGAGGCAGCACCGUCGUCGUCGUCGUCGUCUCCCCCGCGGCUUCUCGCCGGGAACAUAACCGUUGACCUCGUCGCGCUCAGAGCAGCAAAGGGCGGUAACUCUUUGACAGAAGAUGUGGCGGGGGCAACCGAGGAGGAGGGAGACAGUGGCACGCGGCCACCGCUCGGCGUGAAGGACCUCCGCAACCCCGUUGUGCUGGACGCAGACACGAAGGAGUUGGUGCGUCUGCGCCGUCAGCUCGGCGACGAGGCGAAGGCCCGAGAGGCGCUGCAGCAGCAGCGACAGCAGCAGGAGGCUGCGCGGGCGCUGCAGCGGACGGAGAUCGCGACGGGGCGGAUGGGCAUUGUGCUCGCGUGGUCCGCUCUCCACCGCAGCGGCGUGGUGCUGGAGGACGCUACUGCAAUCCCCGAGUGCGCGCCUGGCGACAAUACGGAAGGCGUCUGCAUCAUUCGCAAUGUCGACGCCUUUGAGACGGCGCUCCCUACCGCACUGAGCCUGGUGGGCCGUAUUGUCAACUUCACCAAGGUUGCAUACACCUCACAUCCCUCGAAGUUUUUCGCGGAGAAUAUCACGGUGCGUGGGGAGCUACGAUUCGAUGAGGACGUGACUGCUGUAGCGGAGGCCAAGACGAAGGAGGCUGCAGCUGCCGAGCACGCAAAACGAGCGAGACAACUUGGUACACUUUUCGAGGAGGUAGAUUACAGCAGUGAGCCGCUCCCUGCCGGCCCGCUCUAUGGUGUGGUAACGCGAUGGAGUGGAGGGCAGGGAAUUGUCGAGACAGGAAACAGGCGUUUGUAUUACAUUCAGUCUGGUGCGGACUUUAAGCAGCUUGUUGAUCACACAAGCAACACCAUUCGUGGGGCCGUUGUUAGCUUCACAGUUGAUGAAGGUAGUCGGCGCUACGCACGAGAUAUCAAUGUCCUUUCUGUGGCUGCGCGGGACCUCGCCACCGUGAUGCCCAUGCUAGAGAGGCGGAAGGGUUCUGUUGCCACUUCUGGUGGUGGUGGUGGUGGUAGCGAUACUUCUACUACUGCUUCUGCUUCCGCUGCGAAUAGUAGUGGCUGUGAGGAGAAUAAGACGAAGGAGCUUCCCACCGACGCCGAUUGGAUGUACGGGAUGAUGGUUACAUGGUCAGAGUUGGAGGGGCAAGGCGUUAUUGAGGGCGACGACGGCAACCGCUACCUCCUCCGCGACGGCGAGGAGCACGUGGUGGAGUACAAGACCCACAAGCCCCUCCUCAAGAAGGGCCGACGCGUGAAGUUCACGGCCUUCGGCGGUACCGGAAGGUUGGCGUGCAACGUUGUGCCGCUCAACGCUGAGGCCGACGCCGCCGCACUCGCGGAGGCUGAGCUGCAGCAACCACCGCCUCGCCUCAACGAGGGGCACGCGGAGGAGGCAAUUGCGUCCCCGAUGAGCACCGCGUACUGGAUCAGCCGCAUGGACAAGGCGGGCUAUGACACGACCGAGGUGAAGCAGAUGCAGAACAAGGCCAUCACCUUUGAGGACGAUGACGAGGAGGACGACAAGCUGCUGGAUAGCGAGGAGCUCUUUAAGAAGGACCAUUGGUUCAAUGACCCGCGCAAAAACAUGCGACUGCCUAACAGUGAUGUCACGGCUGGAAGCCUCGCUCUUGUCGGCCCGGCGUCGAUGAUGAACAUCGCGAUGAAGGCGCACGAUCCCAAGAAGCUCGAGAAGAUGAAAAACAAGUAUUACAACCGGCUGACAGAGCCGAUGAAGGAGUUUGCGUGGAAGCAGGCGAAGGAACUCGCCCCCAAAUACGAACAACGCGUCAAGGAAGCCCGUGAAAAGGGUGAGGAGCCCCGGUUUUCAUUUUACUGA